UUGUGUGUGAAAACAAGUACCUAAUUUAGACAAAUUAUUAUAUAUAUAUCGCGUAUGUGUAUAUAUGUAUAUAUAUGUAUGUAUGUACAUUCGCAGCAAUAAUUACAACAAAAAGAAAAAAAAAAAGAUGUGAUGUUAACGAAAUAGUAAGAAUGAUAAUCAGUAAAGAAAGAGAAAAUUUGUCGCCGUAGUUUCUCAUUGUGGGUGUUAUCGAAAUAAUAUUUAGAGAAGAGAAGAGUGAAGAGGAGAGAAGAAAAGAAGUCUUUAAGCAAAAAUAAUGGGAUUAGUCGGCUAAUGGGGGAAAAAGAAGAGGAUGAAGAAAGUACAUGAUAUAUAUACAUAGAAUAAAAUAAAAAGGAGAAAAUUAUUUUUUCCAAAAAUAUUGUUAACGCAUAAGAAGGAAACUUAGUAAUGUAAAAAUUUGUAAAGAAUGUGAAUGUGAAAGAAAAAAUAUUAUAAGAGGUUCAUACGAACGAGAAAUUUUUAAUGGACAGAUGCAGUGCCAAAUAGUGAUAAUAUGUCUUUUGUAUGUGGGGGUGGUGUAUGCACGUACAGAAGAAGAUCAACAGGCAUCGAGUGCUUCCAAUGCUAACGGAAUUACAGAAAUUUUUUCAGGACUUUCGGAACAAUGUUUUUAUCGACCUCCAACCGAUUGUCCUGACUUAAACGUCGGUUGUCCUUGCAAGAGAAUUAGUUUAUCGCACAAUUACGAAAGUGACGCCGUACUUUGUUGUAAUUUAGAUAAUCAUACUUUCGAAAAUGGUCUUCAAUGCGUUGGAUUUCCAUCGAAUAUAUCUUAUAUUCAUAUUCGUAAUGCUACCUUGGAUGUAUUUGAUGCCAAAAAAACAAAAUGGAGAAGAUUAAAAUCACUUGCCAUAACCGAUGGAAGAAUUAAUCGUGUCAAAGGGCAAUUCCUUAUAAUGACACCUACGUUAUGUUUGAAUCUUUCAAACAAUGCUCUCAUCGAAAUAGACAAUAAUUCGUUAAUUAGAUUAGCACAGCUUACUACCUUGGAUUUAUCUUAUAAUAAUUUAACGCAUUUACCUGCAUUGAAUACAAUGAACGGUAGAGAAUUUUGGCUCGAUAUUUCUGGAACUAAUACUCUCUGGUGUCAUGACAUUUAUCAAUAUAUCAAUAAAACAGGAGAGAAACAAAUUAAUUUCAAUAGAGAAAAUGAAACGGUGUGUUCUGCGAGUAAAACAUGGCAUUGGUUUAAUACUACAGAACAAGUACCGUUGCAACAAGUGCGUUAUCUUAGUCUGUUGCAGACAGAGUGUCCAAAAGGUGAUACUUGGCAAUGUCAAUGUAAUUUUAGAAGAUUAGAUAUAGUUGAAGGAAAACCACCUACAUUAGCAGUAAAUGUAGAUUGCAGUGGAAUACAAUUAACAGAAUUACCGGAUAAAUUACCACGCAACACAAUAGCACUAAAUGUUUCUUAUAACAAUAUCACAGUAUUAGAUGAUUUGAGUACCAAUCCAUGUUACGAAGAUAUACGUGAAUUUUAUGCCGACUAUAAUAACAUAUCAUCAAUCAAUAAAUUAGAAGGUUCCAAGUUUUUAGACAAUUAUGCAUUACUCAGUUUAAGAUACAAUAAAAUUAAAUCGCUUCCAACUUAUAUUUUAAGUCUGAAUGUACAUGAUAAAAGUUUUGGAAGUUCUCGAUUAGUUAAACUUGGUGGAAAUGAAUUGCAUUGUGAUUGUAAUACUGCUAAAUAUUUAAAGGUGUGGCUGCAAACACGUAUAUUAGAUUCAGAUGAAGUUUUAUGUGAAAAUGUAAAAGAAAAGGUGGUUGAUUUAGAGCCAUCAAAGAUGUGUGUCUAUCCUGGAGAUUGGACUGAUUAUAUUUAUUAUAUAAUUGCUACUGAAGUGAUAUUAUUGAUAAGUCUAAUAGCUAAAGUUUCUUAUGAUUAUUGGGUAUUUAAAACUGCUGGUUACUUGCCAUGGCCAGCCAAUAAGAUGCCAAAGUUGCCUUGUGAUUGGCUAUGUGAAACAUAACAGAAUAUUAUAUUGAUAGUUAUAAAUACGUUAUUUUUCUAUUUCAAUAUAUUGAAAAGAUUAUAUAUUUUUUAUUAUUGGUCAUAUAAAAAUGUAUAUAUAAUCAAUAUCAAAUCUUGUUUCCAUGACAUAUAUUAUAAUAAAAUGAAAUUUGCAUAUUUAA